ACAUCAGAUGGACGGGUCCUGUUAGCAAUUAUACUGAUUCUAAUGGUGCUGGUUGUUGUUAUACCAUUUGUGUCUUAUAUACUGUGGAAGAAAUACUGUUGGGUUAUGAUCCAUGACCCAGAACGCGGAAAAUGGCGGACGGAUAGAAUACCACAGACUGAAGAUUAUUUCGCAGACAAAGAAGUACAAACAGAUGUCCUUGCAUUAGAGUUUGACGAUUUCUUUCGUCGCCGUCAGCCGGUGGACAUGGCCAAGUAUGGGGGUAAGAAGCUGGGAGAGGCUGAGCCGCCUUACCCUCGCUGGUAUAGGGUGAAUCCGCAGCAUUUCAGUGAUCCGUGGACCAACCGACACGCGGGUCACGAAACAAAUUACCUCACUAAAGUUUGGUGA